GGGAGUCUUGGAGAAAGAAAAGGGAGGGAAGAAAACUUCCGUCAGGAUAAGGGGACAAACGACCGCCUCACCCUUCCAUUCUCUCUCCGCAAUGGCGGCUGCCGUAGCCGCGGCUCUCCGGCCCCACCCUUCUCUUCUCUCCGGUGGCGGCGCAGUCCUCAGCCCUACCCUCCAAACGCUUCCCUUAGUUUCCCCCGCCUCCUUACACAGCAAUCAUCGCCACCGCCGCGUGCUCCGCUCCAACGCCUCAUCGUCUCCGUCGCCCCCGCCGUCGCCGGAGAAGGAGGCGGAGCCGGUGCCGACGGCGGAGUCGUGCGUGAACCUUGGCCUCGAGCUCUUCUCCAAGGGCAGGGUGAGGGAUGCUCUUGAACAAUUUGAGAAUGCCCUAGAGCUGGAUCCAAAACCUAUCGAAGCCCAAGCAGCGUUGUAUAACAAGGCAUGCUGCCAUGCGUAUAGAGAAGAAAACAAAAAAGCCGCAGAAUGCUUAAGGAUAGCUUUGCGAGACUACAAUCUCAAAUUUGGUACUGUACUUAAUGAUCCAGACUUGGCGCCGUUCAGGGCAUCACCAGAAUUUAAGGAACUUCAAGAAGAGGCUUUGCGUGGUGGAGAAGAUAUUGGUUCUGGGUUCCGAAGGGACCUGAAACUCAUUAGUGAAGUGCAAGCACCAUUUCGUGGUGUCCGAAGAUUCUUUUAUGUGGCUUUAACAGCGGCAGCUGGAAUUUCAACAUUCUUUACCAUUCCCCGACUUAUACUAGCAGUUCAAGGAGGAGAUGGUGCUCCUGAUCUCCUGGAAACUGCUGGGAACGCUGCCAUCAAUAUUGGAGGUAUCGUUGUGCUGGUGGCUUUGUAUUUGUGGGAAAACAAGAAAGAAGAGAAGCAGAUCACACAAAUUUCUCGUAAUGAAACCCUUUCAAGGUUACCUGUGCGCUUGUCGACCAAUCGCAUUAUUGAGCUUGUUCAACUGCGGGACAUUACUAGGCCUGUUAUAUUGGCAGGUUCAAAAGCAUCUGUUACUCGAGGAAUGCAAAGAGCUGAGAGGUACCGGACUGAACUGCUCAAACGAGGCGUUCUUCUAAUUCCUGUUAUCUUUGGUGCUUCUCAGAAUGCCCAAACUAAACCAAGAGGUUUUGGUAACAGAAGAUCUGCUGCAUCAGUUCCUUCAGGUGACUUUGAAAAGCGUACUGAAUCUAUCACGGCAAAAUCACGGUUGAAAGCUGAGGUUCGAUUUAAGGCUGAUAUUGUCUCUCCUGAACAAUGGGAAAGUUGGAUACGUGACCAGCAAGAGUCUGAAGGUGUCACUCCUGGUGAAGAUGUCUACAUAAUUCUCCGUCUGGAUGGCCGUGUCAGAAGAUCUGGAAUUGGUAUGCCAAACUGGAACGACAUUUUGCAGGAAUUGCCACGACUUGAAGAUCUAAUGAGCAAACUUGAACGAUGAAAAAG